AGUUUGUUCACGAACGGAACUAAAGAAACAGCUUCAAAAUUAGCGGCAUAAAUUUGUAGAAAACUUUGUCAUUUUACAAAUAAGAUCGGGAAAACGCAGCUGAAAGAUGUCCACAGCUCAAGCAACUAAGAACUGCAUAACACUAAAGGGCUCAGCACAAAUCAUCGUCGAAUACUUGAAAUACGGCAUCAAUUCGAUACUGUUCCAACGCGGCAUAUAUCCGGCGGAAAACUUUGACAGCACCCAGCAAUAUGGCCUGACCAUACUCAUGUCCAAGGAUCCCAAGAUCACGGCCUUUCUGCAGAACGUCCUCACGCAAACCGAAGAAUGGCUAUCGAAGAAUAUGAUCAACAAGAUAUCGAUGGUUAUCACGAAUGCCCACACCAAAGAGGUACUCGAGUGCUGGGACUUCAAGAUGCAAGCGGAGGCAGGCGACGGGGAGACAAACGAUCCCACCAAGCUCACCUCGUCGAAGCAGCUGGGCCGCAUCCAGAACGAGAUACGGGAUGUGAUGCGUCAGAUAUCGGCUACGGUUAGCUAUUUACCACUGCUGGACUGCAUCUGUACGUUCGAUGUAAUGAUCCAUACGCUGCAAAGCACCGAGGUGCCGGAACAGUGGGACGAAACUGGCGCCGUUUUCAUACAGAAUGCGCAGGCGGUGCAGUUGCGCUCCUUCUCCACCGGGCUGCACAAAGUGGACACUGUGGUCAACUACAAGAUGUCCACUUAAGUGAUAAACAUUUACACGUUUAUAGCGAUUUUAUUCAGUUUGUAUUUACAUUUUAGAUAUAUAUAUAUAAGUUAAGCAA